GAUGUCUCUACUGUUAAAAAAACGCGAGAUGAAGCAAUCACUAAGAAAAAUGUAUGUCAAAAUGUCAAGCGAGGAGAAAAAUGCAGGUUAUUUGCCACCUGGACAAAAUGCCACACAACCCAUCUUCGAAAAUGUCUACGUCUACAUCCGAGUGAAUCAAAAAAAUUAAAUAAUUUCACUCAUUUUUAUCCAAACAAAAUCGGAAAACAACACCUAAAAAGACAACAAAAAAAUCUUUAGAUGGUAUUUAUCGAGUGAUAACGGUACUUUUUAUUUUACAUUAUUUUUACAUAAACCAAGUGAAAGGAAUCAUGAAGCAAGAAACGAGUAAUACUUUGAAAUAUGUUAGUUUGGUGACUUUAACUGUACAAAAUGCUUUAUUGGGACUUAGUAUGCGAUAUGCAAGAACUAGAGAUGGAGAUAUGUUUUUAUCAUCAACAGCUGUUCUUAUGUCGGAACUUGUCAAACUAAUAACAUGUUUAUGCAUCGUUUACAUUCAAAGUGGAGGAAUAGUCGGUUUAUUAACAUCGUUAAGAGACACGAUAAUUCACCAACCAAUGGAUACUUUUAAAAUUUGCGUCCCAUCUUUAUUAUACAUCAUCCAAAACAAUUUACUUUACGUUUCUGCUUCUCAUUUAGAUGCAGCAACCUAUCAAGUGACUUAUCAAAUGAAAAUAUUAACAACUGCAAUAUUUGCGGUUAUUAUUCUAAGAAAGCAACUUUUAAAAACCCAAUGGAUAUCACUUUUAACACUAGUGAUCGGCGUUGUUUUAGUACAAUUGGCUCAAACUGGGGAAGAUCCCAAACAUUCGACUGAGCAAAAUAAAUUAAUUGGAUUUUUAGCGGCACUUUCAGCUUGUUGUUUAUCGGGAUUUGCUGGAAUUUUUUUUGAAAAGAUGCUAAAAAGUAGCGAUAUCACCGUUUGGAUGAGAAACGUCCAAUUAAGUUUAUGUUCAAUUCCGUUUGGACUCCUAACUUGUUAUAUUUCUGAUGGAAAUGUCAUAAAAGAACGAGGUUUCUUCUUUGGAUACGAUCGAUUCAUACAUUAUUUAAUUUUAUUACAAGCUGGAGGUGGUUUAAUUGUUGCUGUUGUUGUAAAAUACGCCGAUAAUAUCCUAAAAGGAUUCGCCACAUCUUUAGCUAUUGUGAUAUCAUGUAUAGCUUCGGUUUACAUUUUUGAAUUUGUUUUAACAUUUCAAUUUGCAAUCGGAGCGGGUUUCGUUAUAUUUUCAAUCUUUUUAUAUGGAUACACUCCUACUAAAUCAACAGUUAUUACUGCACCUGCUUAUAAAGUGCAUAAGUAACCCAAAAAUACAAGAAAUCAAAGUAUAAACCUGAAGAUCAACCUACGAACAAAAAGAUUUGUUACAAAACAUGUAUUAUAUAUUCCAAUUUAUUAUUAAUAAAUAUUUUACUCUGUUUAA